AUGGACGAGUUUGAACAAAAUCGUAUACUUAGUAUGCUGAAUGAUGUAGAUAGCGAUUGUUCAGAUGAGUUAGGAAUAGGUGACGAAAAUAUAAGUGAAACAGAAGACCAUUUAUCAGAAAACGAUGAAUAUGCAACUGAAGAAGAAUUGGAAACAUCUGACGAAGAAACUGAUCAAUCUGAAAGACGUUUUCUAUGGGGCAAAGAUAAGUUAACAAAGUGGCGUAAAGACUCAUGCCAAACGAUAGGUAGAACAAGAUCUCAUAAUAUUAAUACACAACUCCCAGGACCAAAACUAGUUUCUAGAGAUUAUUAUAGUACUGUUGAUUGUUUUAAACUUUUUUGUGAUGACAUUAUUAUUAGAACAAUUGUUACCUGUACAAAUAUUUAUAUUGAAAAAAUAUCAACAAAUUUCAAAAGACAAAUAGAUUGUCGACAAACGGAUUUCCAAGAAAUAUCUGCAUUGAUUGGUAUUCUUAUUUUAGCUGGUGUAAAUAAAUCAGGGAAACAAAAUAUACUUGAUUUAUGGGACACCACAGGAUUUGGUAUAGAAUCUUUUCAUGCCACAAUGUCAAUAAAAAGGUUUAGAUUUUUAUUACGCUGCUUACGCUUUGAUGAUAUACGUGACCGUGAAUCACGUCGAGAAAUCGAUAAGUUAGCUCCUAUUCGUGAAGUUUUUGAAAUGUUGGUACAUAAUUGUCAAAAAUCGUAUUCCGUUGGAGUAUUUGUAACUAUUGAUGAAGAACUUGUGAAGUUUCGAGGUAAAUGUCCUUUUAAGCAAUACCUUCCAAGCAAGCCUGGGAAAUACGGUAUUAAAAUUUUCGCGGUCGUUGAUUCUAAAACAAUGUAUUCUUUGAAUAUGGAAAUUUAUCCUGGUAAACAACCAGAGGGCUCAUAUAAUUUAUUAAAUAAUCCCCAUCCGUUAGUAAUGCGUUUAAUGGAACCAAUAUUAGAUAGUGGACGAAAUUUAACAAUAGAUAAUUUUUUUACGAGUGUUCCAUUGGCAAAAGACCUUCUAAAUAGAAAAAUAACUCUUGUAGGAACACUACGAAAAAAUAAAAGAGAGAUUCCUCCCGAAAUGUUUUCUAAUAAACGUGAAGAAUAUGAUAGUUCGUUUGGUUUUACAAAAGAACUGACUAUUGUUUCUUAUGUACCUAAAAAACCAAUAGAACUUAUAAAACCAGCUAUUGCAAAAAGAGCAGCAUCGACGUGUUUACCACAAGAAAUUCGUAUAAAAGCUGCUAGAAUUUCCGGCCAUCAGUUACGAAUUGAAACAACAGAAAGAGAAGGUUCAUCAGGAAGAUGUUUUUUCUGUCCUAGAGCAAAAGAUCGAAAAACUAAAAAUGCCUGUGGAAAAUGUAAUAAAUGGAUAUGUAAGGAUCAUUUGAAACAAAUUUGUUUAGAUUGUUCAAAUACAUAUGAAAAUGCGGAAGAAAAUGAAAUGACUAAUGAAUAA